GGGGGCGUGGCCCCGUCACGUGACGGGGAGUGACCUCGCCGCCGGGCGCCAUGGGAGCUUCGGACCCGGAAGUGGCGCCCUGGGCUCGCGGCGGUGCCGCGGGGAUGGCGGGAGCCGGAGCUGGAGCCGGAGCUCGCGGCGGAGCGGCGGCGGGGGUCGAGGCUCGAGCUCGCGAUCCACCGCCUGCGCACCGCGCACAUCCUCGCCACCCUCGGCCUGCGGCUCAGCCCUCGGCCCGCAGGAUGGAUGGCGGGUCAGGGGGCCUGGGGUCUGGGGACAACGCCCCGACCACUGAGGCUCUUUUCGUGGCACUGGGCGCGGGCGUGACGGCGCUCAGCCAUCCCCUGCUCUACGUGAAGCUGCUCAUCCAGGUGGGUCAUGAGCCGAUGCCCCCCACCCUUGGGACCAAUGUGCUGGGGAGGAAGGUCCUCUAUCUGCCGAGCUUCUUCACCUACGCCAAGUACAUCGUGCAAGUGGAUGGUAAGAUAGGGCUGUUCCGAGGCCUGAGCCCCCGGCUGAUGUCCAACGCCCUCUCUACUGUGACUCGGGGUAGCAUGAAGAAGGUUUUCCCUCCAGAUGAGAUUGAGCAGGUUUCCAACAAGGAUGAUAUGAAGACUUCCCUGAAGAAAGUUGUGAAGGAGACCUCCUACGAGAUGAUGAUGCAGUGUGUGUCCCGCAUGUUGGCCCACCCCCUGCAUGUCAUCUCAAUGCGCUGCAUGGUCCAGUUUGUGGGACGGGAGGCCAAGUACAGUGGUGUGCUGAGCUCCAUUGGGAAGAUUUUCAAAGAGGAAGGGCUGCUGGGAUUCUUUGUUGGAUUAAUCCCUCACCUCCUGGGCGAUGUGGUUUUCUUGUGGGGCUGUAACCUGCUGGCCCACUUCAUCAAUGCCUACCUGGUGGAUGACAGCGUGAGUGACACCCCAGGGGGGCUGGGAAACGACCAGAAUCCAGGUUCCCAGUUCAGCCAGGCCCUGGCCAUCCGGAGCUAUACCAAGUUCGUGAUGGGGAUUGCAGUGAGCAUGCUGACCUACCCCUUCCUGCUAGUUGGCGACCUCAUGGCUGUGAACAACUGCGGGCUGCAAGCUGGGCUCCCCCCUUACUCCCCGGUGUUCAAAUCCUGGAUUCACUGCUGGAAGUACCUGAGUGUGCAGGGCCAGCUCUUCCGAGGCUCCAGCCUGCUUUUCCGCCGGGUGUCAUCAGGAUCAUGCUUUGCCCUGGAGUAACCUGAAUCAUCUAAAAAACACGGUCUCAACCUGGCCACCGUGGGUGAGGCCUGACCACCUUGGGACACCUGCAAGACGACUCCAACCCAACAACAACCAGAUGUGCUCCAGCCCAGCUGGGCUUCAGUUCCAUAUUUGCCAUGUGUCUGUCCAGAUGUGGGGUUGAGCGGGGGUGGGGCUGCACCCAGUGGAUUGGGUCACCCGGCAGACCUAGGGAAGGUGAGGCGAGGUGGGGAGUUGGCAGAAUCCCCAUACCUCGCAGAUUUGCUGAGUCUGUCUUGUGCAGAGGGCCAGAGAAUGGCUUAUGGGGGCCCAGGUUGGAUGGGGAAAGGCUAAUGGGGUCAGACCCCACCCCGUCUACCCCUCCAGUCAGCCCAGCGCCCAUCCUGCAGCUCAGCUGGGAGCAUCAUUCUCCUGCUUUGUACAUAGGGUGUGGUCCCCUGGCACGUGGCCACCAUCAUGUCUAGGCCUAUGCUAGGAGGCAAAUGGCCAGGCUCUGCCUGUGUUUUUCUCAACACUACUUUUCUGAUAUGAGGGCAGCACCUGCCUCUGAAUGGGAAAUCAUGCAACUACUCAGAAUGUGUCCUCCUCAUCUAAUGCUCAUCUGUUUAAUGGUGAUGCCUCGCGUACAGGAUCUGGUUACCUGUGCAGUUGUGAAUACCCAGAGGUUGGGCAGAUCAGUGUCUGUAGUCCUACCCAGUUUUAAAGUUCAUGGUAAGAUUUGACCUCAUCUCCCGCAAAUAAAUGUAUUGGUGAUUUGGA